CAAUUGUCUUAUAUGCAAGGUCAAGGAAUGCCUGACUGCUCCAUGCUUUUAUAUUACGGCGUGAGCGAAUAUCAAGUCAUUUCAUUCUUCGCCCUCACACCAACGCCAUCACCAGAUCCACCACCAUCAAGAAAGCAUACAAAGCCAUGGUCCGCCACGCCCUCCUGGUUCUCAUGGGAACCUUGGUCAUGGGUGUUUCGGCGACGAUUACGAGCUUAUUCGACGAUGGCCGUGCAGACAACUCGAUAUGUCCGGAUCAUUUUGUACCGGUGUAUGAGCACUGCGUCUUCCUGGAUCUCACCGUCAAGGGAACGUGGCAGGAGAUGAGGGAGUAUUGCCAAUCGUUGGAUAGCGAUUUGGCCAUCUUGUCGACUUUCAAAUUCUAUUUCGAGAGCCUCCAGUACUUAAAAUUAACAACCACGACAGUUGAUUUCUGGAUUGGAGCGAGUGACCUGGACACGGAGGGACAGUGGCUGUGGAUAGAUGGCACUCCUGUCGUGAUGGGCGCGCCUUACUGGGUCAACUACGGAUGUAACAACCAGAUUCAGCCCGCAGGAGGAACUAACCAAAAUUGCGCCAUAUUGGAAAAUUCCUUGUCCUACUAUUUGAACGACGUCAAUUGUUCGUACGAAGCUAACCCAUUCUGUGUAGUAUGCUGGGUUCAGGUGACAGGUCCCGGAGGGAUGCAGGUGGGCAUUAUCUGGGAGGACACUCAGGUACCCAGGCUUUGUAAGAAGGUGCUAAGCCUAGGCCGGCGGGACACAGGUGGUGGGUGCCGCCCGUUGGAUCGUGAUCCUCAUGUCCUGUUGAAAUACUUAAGGAAGAAUCCAGUUGUAGAGUCAACAUUUGCCAAUGUUUCAACUGCUCUGCGAUUGUUCUUAACAUUACCAGUCACUGUCUGCGAAGAAUGCCAAUCAGAUAUUGAAGAGGUCAAAGCUCCUCAUCGAAGUAUAUAUUAUGGAUGGUUCUCGGAGGCCAUCAUCCUUUCCUUCUUUAGACUUCACCAAAGCAGCAUCUUUAUCAUCAGCUACAACCUCAAAGUCAUGAUCUACUACCCUCUUCUGUUCCUCCUCGGAACCUUGGUCGCGGAUACGGCGACGGCCUGUCCAAGUCCCUUCGCGCCGGUGGGCGUCCACUGCGUCCACUUGGACUUGACCGUCACCGGCACGUGGGAGGAAAUGCGGCAGCUCUGCCAAGAGUUGGGCAGCGACUUGGCCGUCCUGUCUGAUGGGCAGUUCUAUGUUGACAGUCAGCAGUACAUAAGGACGAUAGGUACGCCAGCCGAAGAGGCCCAUUUUUGGAUCGGUGCCUCCGACGAGGAGGUGGAGGGGUUGUGGGUGUGGAUAGAUGGCACGCCCGUCGUCAUGGGGACGCCCUACUGGACCAACCAAGGGUGUGACAACAUUCAAGAGCCUAGCGGAAAAACAUUUCAGAACUGUGCCAUGCUUCAUGGACUUUUCCACCAUUACUUGAAUGAUUACCAAUGUAGUUUUGAUAGCGCACAUCCUUUCUGUGUGCUCUAGCUAGUGUCUCAAGCUUCCUCGUGUGUAGGUGAAUAUCAUUUCGAGAAGCCAUUUCAUGCUACAUGUAAUCGAUUACAUCGAUUACAUGGUAAUUUUUCUCAGUAAUUAAAAUUAUCAUUAAGCGAUUACCAAACGACUAUUUGAUAAUCAUUAAAAGCCACUAGUUCGGGAGUUCCCUUUUAUUUUUGUUAAAUAGAUUUUCAGCUAUUUAUGUUUUUUUUUUUUCAUUACUCCAGGAUAUUUUUCAUCAUUAUUUAAUGUUUGGUAAAGAGAGAGAGAGAGAGAGAGAGAGAGAGAGAGAGAGAGAGAGAGAGAGAGAGAGAGAGAGAGAGAGAGAGAGAGAGAGAGAGAGAGAGAGAGAGAGAGAGAGAUACUUAUACUCUACCAAUAUACCACUGUAAAAUCUAUUUAAGAUGAA